AUGGCGAGUAACCAGCACUCUGAGAGUCCUCAUCCGGAGACGGCUGGACCUACAGUACCGAGUACUGCUCUCCCCAUCACCCUGCUGUCUGGAUUUUUAGGAGCAGGAAAAACUACACUUUUACAGCACAUCCUCAAGAGUGACCAUGGCCUUCGUGUCGCCGUCAUUGUCAAUGAUAUGGCAGGCAUCAACAUCGAUGCCUCACUCAUCAGACAAACCCACCGGCUAAGAAAGUCAAAUGAAAAGAUCGUUGCGCUUCAGAAUGGAUGCAUAUGCUGGAAUCUCCGUGGAGACCUAUUGGAAGAGCUUCUAGAUCUAUGGAAGCUGCAGCAGUUUGACUAUGUUCUAAUCGAGUGCAGCGGCAUAACAGAACCAGAACAGGUUGCUGAGACGUUUGAUGCUCGCCUUACCGAGUAUCUGGAAGGUACUGGUGAGGGUAUAGACCAAAUAACUCUGGAGACUUUGAAAGAGAUCAAGGAACUCGGGGGUCUGGAAAAGAUUGCUCGAAUUGAUACUACUGUGACUGUCGUGGAUGCUUUUAGCGUACUCGGAGAGUUUCAAACAGAUGAGCUGGUUUCAGAUCGGCAGCAUGUCGAGAAGAAAGACGAGCGGACUGUUUCUGAUCUCAUGGCCGACCAGAUUGAGUUUGCCGAUGUGAUAUUGCUAAAUAAGACUGACAUGGUAGAUGACCAUACGAAGGGUCGGAUUUUGUCACUGUUGAAGCAGCUGAAUCACCGAGCAAGAGUAUUCGAAACGCGCUAUAGCAGAAUCGACCCAAGGCGGAUUUUGAACACGGGACUGUUUAAUUUGGAGGUGGCCCAGACAGGAUAUGGGUGGCUCCAGGAUUUGCACGCGAUGACUGUUCAAGAGAUAAAUGGUGGGAACGCAGUGUCGCUCAAAUCGAAAUCGCAGGAUUACACCGUUCAAAGUUUCGUUUACUCACAGUACCGGCCUUUCCACCCAGAGCGGCUAUAUGGAUUGGUUUAUGACAAUUGGGAGCAUCAUGAUGAUGAAGAGAAUGGCGACGAGAGAAUGGAAGAAGACACUGACAGUCUGCUUGAGGAGGACAGCGAGAUGGCAGAUGCCCUGCACAACAAGUUCCCAUUUCCCUCAAACGAAACCAUCAUGAUCAAUAAGCGCUCCCACCCUCUUCUCUCCCCGCUCUUCAGAUCCAAAGGUGAGUUCUUUCUCGCCACACGCCCACAUAGGGCUGGCGAAUGGUCUCAGGCGGGAUCAAUACUCUCUCUUACUGGCGGUCGCCCUUGGUUCUGUACGCUCUCACCUGAGGAAUACACUACUGGCGACAAAAGCGUAGAUAGGCUUGUGCAGCACGAUAUUAAAAAGGGCGGAGAGUGGGGAGACCGUCAUCAGGAGUUAGUUUUUAUUGGCGAAAACAUAGACCACGAUGGGCUCAGGGGCUUACUCGAUGGUUGCUUGCUCACUGACGAGGAAUACGAGACUUGGCAGGAAAUCAUGAGAGAUACUGCAAGAGAUGACGAAUCUAAGUAUGAGGCUCUGGGAAACGCUUUCGAAGAUGGAUUUCUUGAUUGGCCAGGAGAUGAUGAUGACGGUGAGCAUGAUCAUGAUCACGCCCAUGAUCACAGUGGCCAUCAUCAUGGCCAUUCUCAUUAA